AUGAAUGAAUUUGGUUUUUUUUAUUAUUAUUAUUUUUGGGGGUUUAUUAUUACUAUCUACAAGGGUUUUUUUAUAUUUCUUUACAAAGGUUUGUUAUUUUUGAAAAAUAAAAAUGGCUUUUUUUGUUCAAUGAAAAUUUUAUUUUUUAUAGGUAAAGUUACUAGUUUAAGUUUAGUUUUAAUAAAAUAA